AUGCGGGUGCUAGUGAUAAGCAGCCAUGAUUUAGCUAAGGAAUGCUUCACUGGCACCAAUGAUCAAGUCUUCGCCACUAGUCCUCGCACCACCGCAGGCAGGCUCAAGGCCUAUGACCAUGCACUGACGGCCUUCUCUGCUUAUGGACCUCAUUGGAGACAGAGUCGCAAACUUGCGAUCCUCAACCUCCUCUGUGCCCAUAAGGUCGAGUCUUUCUUCCAUGUGCAAUCCUCCGAGGUUGACAUGACCAUAAGGCAGCUAUAUAGGAUGUGGGUGGAAAAUCACAGCGAGCCGGCAAAGGGGGUGAUGCAGUGGUGGCUGGGGAACCUGACUGUGAACAUCAUGGCUAGAAUUGAGGGGGUUGGUCGAGGAGAUGAGCCAUUUGACUGGAGAGCACCGAAAGAAGCAGGCACAUGGCGGGAGCGAGGGCGACUUCAUCGACAGAUUAUUAUCUCUUGCCGAGGCCGGCAACAUGUCGAGUACUCACAGUGCUCACACCACCAUCAAGGCAAUGGUUCUGGGAAUGGUGGCAGCCGGAACAGACACAACCACAGUGACGCACGUGUGGGUCCUAGCCUUACUCCUCAAUCAAGCCACACGUUACGCAAAGCUCAAGCCGAGUUGGACACACACGUGGGAAAACAGAGACACGUGGAUCAAUCCGAUAUCAUCAUAAAGGAAACCUUGCGCCUCUACCCGGCGGGCCCUAUCCUUCCGCGGCAUGAAGCAAUGGCAGAGUGCCACGUGGGAGGAUUCCACGUGGAAUCAGGCACGUGCCUCCUUGUCAAGGCUUGGAAGACACAUAGGGACCCCACGCACCCGUCCGAUUUUUGGGCCGUACGGUUCAUGGAUGGUAGACAUGUGGAACUGCGGGACCAGCGACUGGAGUUCAUACCGUUUGGGUAUGGGCGGCGUUUGUGCCCAGGAAUCAUCUCUCCCGCACUUCCCAUGCUACAAACUUGUUCUCGCACGUGUGAUCCACAGUUUUGAUUUUUCAAUACGUGUGUAUGUGGACAUGGGUGAGGGGCUUUGGCUUGGGCCUCCCUCCCUAAGGCCACCCCAUUACAGGGUCUUGUUGGUGCCUCGCCUCUCUGCAAGACUUUGCAAUUGACCUGCAACUCUUUGGGGGGAUGUGUUAGUGGUGGGAUUCAAACAUGUAACAUUGUAGCCAUUUGUCAUCACCAUAACCAUCAAGUCCGACCCCGCUUCGAUUUGCAUGCUGCUUUUCUAAAUGCUUGAUUAUAGUUGCUUUAGCACCCUCUCAAUUUUUCGUUUAACUUUUACUGCCAAUUCUAAGGAUUUGUAUCCUUCCAUCUUCUAGAGCUCUAAGUAGCUUCACUCGCGACCCUAUUACUGUUUGUCUUAACUGGGGCCAGAAUUCUCUUUAUGAACCAUGGUAUAGAUACAAAUUUGAAAGGGGGGGAAAUGUCAGCAAAGUUAAGAAGGAUCUCAAUUGGGCUUCUCUAAAUAGCAAUCACAAGGUUUUGAACUCAAACUUUCUGAAGACAAUUUUGUUGUGCUGCAACUGGACCUCGAGGUGCA